UCGGACGAUUCGUCACUCAUUAACAGAAUCCUAUCUUCCCGAUUCGUCACUCAUCAACAGAAUCCUAUCUUCCCUGGCCAGCCAAGCAAAGUAGAACUAAACUUCAAAACCCUGAUACCCUUCCGGAGGCAACAUCGCCACAUUUCCGCCGUCGCAUCGGCGGCUCAUAUGACCUCGACCGGUCAAUUGAAACCUAAUUUGGACAACGAAAACGAUACCGGAAAAGCAUCUCCGGGGGACAGUGGAGGGACUUAGGCAUGAGGCUCGUUGUGCCCUUACAAGGUGUAGUUCAAGGCAGAGGCGGCCUUAUUUUAGGCUCACUCAUUCCUUGUGCACUUUUCUACUUUCUCCAAUUCUACUCAAAACGACACCGUACUACCCCGUCUUCUUCUAAUCCUCCGUCACCGUCCACGUCGUCGCCGAACCUCUCCGAGUUACAACGCUCGUCUUCACGUUUAAAUUUGUCAACUCGUGGUUCUGUUGGCCGUGUCUUCUUGUCUUCAAGGGCUAGUUUGGUUGCUGCACCGAAUGAUUCCCCUUACUACAUUGGAAUGGAUAGGUUCCGAGCGGAUCCGUACGAUGAAUUGGAUAAUCCCGACGGUGUUAUUGAUCUCGGAAUUGCGGAAAACAGGUUGUCGCUAGAUUUGAUUGAGAAGUGGAUUUCAAGCAAUGUGAACGGUUCCACGCUUGGAAGUUGCGGUGAUGGAUUGAAUAUCAAUGGAAUUCUUACAUACCAGCCAUUUGAUGGAUUGGCUGAGCUGAAAGUGGCCAUGGCAGGCUUCAUGUCUCAGGUCAUGGGAGAAAAAGUGUCAUUUGAUCCAUCUCGAAUGGUGUUAACAUCAGGUGCAACUCCGGCCAUUGAGGUUCUGUGCUUUUGUUUGGCUGACCACGGGAAUGCUUUGCUUGUUCCAACCCCCUAUUAUCCUGGCUUUGAUAGGGACAUAAGAUGGAGAACUGGUGUAGAUCUUAUACCUGUUCACUGUCGUAGCUCCGAUGCUUUCAUGGUGGAUAUAAUAGCUCUUGAUCAAGCAUUUAGUCAUGCAAGAAAGCGAGGGCAAAAGGUCCGUGGAAUACUUAUCUCAAACCCGUCUAACCCUGUAGGGAACAUUAUGAGUAGGGAAACGCUAUGCAGAAUCUUAGAUUUUGCGAGGGAGAAGAACAUCCAUGUAAUAUCAGAUGAAAUAUUUGCUGGAUCUAAUUAUGGUGGUACAGAGUUUGUAAGCAUUGCUGAAAUUCUUGAUGAAGAGGAUCCUGACAGGGACAGGGUUCAUAUAAUAUAUGGAUUAUCCAAAGACCUUUCUGUGCCAGGGUUUAGGCUCGGUGUUCUGUAUUCCUUCAAUGAGAAUGUUGUGGCAGCAUCUAAAAAGUUGACAAGAUUUUGUGCCGCUUCAGCACCAACACAGAGCCUAUUAGUUGCAAUGCUUUCAGAUGCUGGGUUCAUCAAGGAUUAUAUGAGAACAAACAGAGAGAGAUUGCGCAAAGUGUUUGACUUAUUUGUGGCAGGUCUAAAACAAUUGGGCAUUGAAUGCAUGAACAGCAGUGCAGGCCUGUAUUGUUGGGUUAAUAUGAGCGGAUUGAUUUGCCCUUAUAAUGAAAAGGGAGAGCUUGAGCUGUGGGAGAAGCUCUUGAAUGUAGCUAAGAUAAACGUGACUCCAGGGUCAGCUUGCCAUUGUAUUGAACCUGGAUGGUUCAGAUGUUGUUUUAGUACGGUAGAAGAAAAGGACAUUCCUGUAGUUAUGGAACGGAUACGUAAAGUUGUUGAACGUAGUUAGGCCUUCUGAUUAAAUGUUUAUAGCUUUAAAAUAGUGUAUGCUGUGUUAGUUAUGUCAUUUUUUUUCUGAGAAUGCACUGUCCCUAUUUUGGAAUUUGAUAUGUGCAUCAUUGACACUUAAUACUAAA